AUGGCGCCCAGCCUCCCCUGCUGGACCACUUGCUUCCUCCUGGUCGUGUGGUGCCCGCCCGCGCUCCCCUGCCCUAGCCGGUGCCUUUGCUCGAAGAGCACCGUCCGCUGCAUGCACUUGAUGCUGGAUCACAUUCCUCAGGUGCCGCAGCAGACCACAGUCCUAGACUUGAGGUUUAACAGAAUACGAGAAAUUCCUGGGAGUGCCUUCAAGAAACUUAAGAAUUUGAACACUCUUCUCCUGAACAACAACCAAAUCAGACAGAUUUCCAGAAAUGCUUUUGAAGGACUUGAAAAUUUACUUUAUCUGUAUCUGUACAAGAAUGAAAUUCAUGCCCUCGACAAGCAAACCUUUAAAGGACUCAGAUCCUUGGAACAGCUCUAUAUUCACUUCAACCAAAUAGAAACGCUACAGCCGGAGACCUUUGGAGACCUUGUGAAAUUAGAAAGACUGUUUUUGCAUAACAACAAAUUAUCGAAAAUCCCGGCCGGGAGCUUUUCUCAUCUGGAUUCAUUAAAGAGACUGCGUCUGGAUUCCAAUGCCCUAGUUUGUGACUGUGACUUAAUGUGGCUGGGGGAACUUAUGCAAGGCUAUGCCCAAAAUGGCCAAACUCAGGCUGCUGCUACAUGUCAAUAUCCCAGAAGGCUCCAGGGACGCUCCAUUGCUUCCGUAACCGUGGAGGAGUUCAACUGUGAGAGUCCCCGAAUUACUUUUGAGCCCCAGGAUGUGGAGGUAACAUCAGGGAAUACUGUCUACUUCACUUGCCGAGCGGAAGGAAACCCCAAACCGAAGAUUACUUGGAUACACAACAACCAUUCAUUGGAUUUGGAAGAUGAUACUCGACUUAACUUGUUUGACGAUGGGACACUCAUGAUCCGAAACACCCGUGAGUCGGACCAAGGUGAAUAUCAGUGCAUGGCCAGAAACUCAGCCGGGGAAGUCAAGACCCAGAAUGCCAUGCUCAGAUACUCCAGUCCUCCAGCCAAGCCUAGUUUUAUAAUCCAGCCCCAGGACACAAAGGUUUUAGUUGGCACGAGCACAACUUUGGAAUGUAUGGCCACGGGCCACCCACACCCCCAUGUUACUUGGACGAGGGGCAGCGGAGAGGCCCUGGAUGGAUCCAGGCACCUGGCUACUUCCGGAGGACUCUACUUGCAAAAUGUCACCCUGCAGGACCACGGUCGAUUUACCUGUCACGCCGACAAUAAUCAAGGCUCUGUCCAAGCCACAGCGAACAUAAUUGUACAAGCUCCUCCACAAUUCACAAGAAUUCCCAAGGAUCAAAUGGUGCUAGAAGGACAUUCUGUAGAAUUUCUCUGUGAGGCUGAAGGCAACCCACCUCCAAUAAUUGCCUGGACCAAAGCAGGGGGGCAGCUCCCUCAGGAAGGUCCACAUACGGUUCUCUCCUCUGGCACUUUGAGAAUUGACCACGCGGCACAUCAUGACCAAGGCCAAUAUGAGUGUCAGGCAGUCAGUCCAUUGGGAGUGAAAAAAGCGUCUGUCCAGCUGACUGUAAAACCCAAAGCUCUCCCAGUGUUUACUCAACUACCUCAGGACACGAGUAUACAGGUUGGCAAGAAUAUAAACAUUUCAUGUCAUGCUCGAGGAGAACCACAGCCCGUGAUUACUUGGAAUAAGGCAGGUGUUCAGAUUACGGAGAGUGGUAAAUUCCAUGUCAGUGGUGAAGGCGUGCUCACCAUCUAUGAUGCAGGGCAAGCAGACCAAGGAAAGUAUGAAUGUGUGGCUCGGAACUCAUUUGGCCUUGUUGCGGCCAACAUGUUUCUCACGGUCAUCGCAAUACAGGCUAGACAAGCUGGCGAUGACUUUGUUGAAUCAUCCAUUCUUGACGCGGUACAGAGGGUUGACAGUGCAAUUAACUCCACACGAAGACAUUUGUUUUCACAAAAGCCUCGCACCCCUGCUGAUCUGCUGGCUCAGUUUCGUUAUCCGCAUGACCCGUUUACUGUGGAGACAGCCAGAGCUGGGGAGAUUUUUGAGCACACACUUCUGCUGAUCCAGGAACACGUGAAGCAGGGGCUCACUGUUGAUCUGGAAGGCAGAGGUCAGCUUCUGGAGGCAUUCCGUUCUCAGCCUACUGAUCAGUUUGCCCUGAAAGUGAACCUAGGAUCCAAGUCUUUAUAUACAGGAAGAUUAUUGUACAUUUCCAAGAUUAAGGUAUCUGACGGCCCAACCCGAGACCAGCUUAUCCAGAUGAAAGACAAGUGGUCCUGCACGCUGUGGCUCCGGGAGCACAACAGGCUGGCCGCGGAGCUGCGCGCCCUGAACCCCCACUGGGACGGAGACACCCUGUACCACGAGGCCAGGAAGAUCGUGGGCGCCGAGCUGCAGCACAUCACCUACAGCCACUGGCUGCCCAAGAUCCUGGGGGAGCCGGGCAUGAGGCUGCUGCGGGGGUACCGGGGCUACGACCCCAGUGUGAACGCGGGCAUCCUGAACUCCUUCGCCACCGCGGCCUUCAGGUUCGGCCACACGUUAAUCAACCCGGUCCUGCAGCGGCUGAACGGCAGCUUCGGGGAGAUCCCCGAAGGCCACCUGCCACUGCACAAGGCCUUCUUUGCGCCGUCCAGGAUAAUCGACGAGGGCGGGAUAGACCCCCUCCUUCGGGGGCUGUUUGGCACGGCGGCCAAACUGCGGGUGCCGUCCCAGCUGCUGAGCCUGGAGCUGAGCGAGAAGCUCUUCUCCAGCGCCCGCUCCGUGGCCUUGGAUCUGGCGGCCACCAACAUCCAGAGGGGGCGGGACCACGGCAUCCCCCCCUACGCCGACUUCCGGGUGUUCUGCAACUUGAGCUCCGCGGAGAGGUUCGAGGACCUUCGGAACGAGAUUAAAGACGCAGGGAUUCGGCAAAAACUGAAAAAGUUGUACGGCUCUCCAGGCAACAUUGACCUCUGGCCCGCCCUCAUGGUUGAAGACCUGAUCCCUGGUACGAGAGUGGGACCAACACUUAUGUGCCUGUUUGUUACCCAGUUUCAGCGGCUAAGAGAUGGAGAUAGGGAGCUCUGCCGCUGCGCUGUCGCCGCUGGGCCCGCAGCUCAGGGCCCUUCUGGGAGCCUCACUGCACGCCUCUCCCUGCUGGCCACCAGGUUCUGGUAUGAGAACCCCGGAGUGUUCACCCCCGCGCAGCUCACUCAGCUGAGGCAGGCGUCCCUGGGCCGCGUGCUCUGCGACAACGGCGACAACAUCCAGCAGGUGCAGGCCGACGUGUUCGUGAAGGCGCAGUACCCGCAGGACUACCUGAGCUGCAGCGAGAUACCGCAGGUGGAUCUGCGCGUGUGGCAGGACUGCUGCGAAGGCUGUAGGAGCAGAGGACAGUUGAGAGCAUUCGCACAAGAGUCUCGAAAGAAACGCUCUGCUCAAUACAGCUAUCCUGAUGAGCAAGAUAAGGACUUACGUGAUCUGAGUCGUGGGCAACAAGAUCACUUGUCCGUAGUUGAAGAUGGUAGAAAUGUGACGUUUCUGGCAAAAACAGAGUUUGCCCAAGAUUUCAGCAAUUUUGCAGCAGAAAUUCAAAAAACCAUCAAAGCUCUCAGAGAACAGAUAAACAAGCUGGAGGCACGCCUCAGGCAGGCGGGAUGCACGGAUGAUGAAGGGAUUCAGAGGAGAGACCAGGAACACUGGAUGAAAGACGCCUGCAUUCGCUGUACGUGUAAGAGUGGCCAGGUCACCUGCGUGGUGGAGACUUGUCCCCUGGCUGCGUGCCCCCGUCUGGAGUCGGUGAAAGGAACCUGCUGUCCGGUUUGCGGAGACCCGGCCGAUUCCCCGGAGAAACGCUAA